AGAAGUAGGAGGAGGAGGAGUCUGUUUGUUGACAUCGGACGAAAACGAGAAUCAGAUGAGUGAAGAGUGGUGAUAAUAACUACAUUUCUCUCCGUCAUCGAGAUACUCAGCCUUGGCUAAAGCUCAGGUAGAUCCAUGCCUGAUGAUUCGUGCUCUCUGACCCCACUGACUGCGGUUUGGAGCUUCACACUUACAGAGAGACAGAGCUAAGCUAGCGCUAGCCCAGCUGGCUACAAGAGCUAACAUCAUAGCAGGGAAAGUCACGGUUAGCCACACGCUAAAUGCACUGCUGACACCAUAUCGGCAAGUUACAGGAAAACUCAAAAUAACAAGUCUUACUCUGUGUUAGUUUGGGUUCUUGUGACUGAGCAGGCCAACAAUUAAUGUCUGUUGGCAUUUAGCUAUGUAGCGUUAGUGUAGUAAAGUAAAAUAUUCCACAGAGAAGCUAGCUAGCAAGCUAACUUAGGAACACCGCUGUGUCCCCCUCAGGAUUCACUGCCCAGUGUGGUUAACUAACAAACUACAAUUACCGACUCAAAGACAAGGCAAGGUAGGCUUUAAGCUUUAAUUUAACAGCAUGAGUCAUUUAACUUUUUAGAUAAAACGUCAACAUAUCAUGCCAUUUACGCGAAAACAAGUUGCUGCAAAGUUGCUAACAACAGAGAGCCGUUGGUUUUGCGGCUAACUUUGUCAGGUCUGCAGAGGUGUGUUAUAGGUUUAUAAUGGCAGUAAACUAAUUUUACCGCAACUCUCCUUCCUGGGGAUUUCAUAGCCGUGAAGACACAAUGAAGUUUAUCGGAGUCUGAGUUUUCCAGACUGUGUUUGACUUAAUGUUACUUUGAAUGUUCAUGAAAUUAAUGUUGAUCCUGUCAUAGGCUACAUCAAGAAACUUAAUUUAUCAUAACAAUUAUCACACAGAAAAUUUGCACAAGAAAAGACUUACAACAUUGAGUAUGCACCAUAUUGGGGAUGCAACAUAUGAUGCUUCACAUAUGGCCCAUGAUCACAAUAAUCUGUUACAGGGAUUCUGUGAUGACAACCAUUCACUGACUAAACAACUACCUAGAUAAUACAGUCCUCCUAAAUGUGACAUGCAGGAUCAGUUGUGCCACCACAAUGGCACAUAAAGUAGUGACAUGUUAAGUAAAACUGAAACAGAGGCUGCAGUGUCAGGACCAAAACUCUAGGACCGCUGCCCUACUACUUUUGUGUUGUUGCAACAUUUACGGCAAGAGAUAUGGCUAGACCGUAAAAAUGCAGUUGCAGACAAUAAGGAUCUUAGAGCUGCAGUCUCAGAGAAGUGGUCCUAAAUCUACAACCUCCAAGUCUGCAGGCCCGCGCUACUUGUCUCAUCAGCUAAAUGAUGCAAACGGAGCUUUAGGCAACACUUUUUGACAUCUUUGUUCUGGCAUUAUGACAAAAUUGUUCAUUUCAAGAAAAUAGUGAUGUACUCUUUAGACAAAAAAUAAACAUGCUGGUACUGGUUUGUUUGAAAAGGCUCCUAAAUGCACAACAGAUGACCAGGGAUAGUGUGUGCAACUCAAGAAAAAUUGGUCACUUUAAGCAGGUACACACUCAGAUGAAAAUAUUCCUGUGUCAGGAAAUGGUUGCACUUGUCACUCAUCACUUAUCCCUCGUCACUUUUUCCUCACUGGCCAGUCAAAUUUAAAAAAGGGCAAGACAUUCAAUAUUGACUUUGGGAAAUGGCAGAGAACAAACUACUCAGACUCGUUUUCUUUUGGGUCUCCAGAGCUAGAGCUGCUUCAAAUGUACAGAUACAACUCUUUUAUGCAUUUGAACAAAACAAUCUAAUUUCUUAUGAAAAAUUAUUUUUCUGUAUAUUGUCCUCGUAAACUCCAACAAGCAGCAGAAGCACUGCAAGAAAACUUGUGAGAUGUACCAUAAAAUUGAAGUUGUGGCUGGUGUCAGUGCAAAAGAUGCUGUAAGUGGACACAGGCCCUUGUAUUGCAUGAAUCAGGAUGUUAAUAUGUGCACAAAAAAACAUGCAGCCAUACACCAGAAGCGACACACAAAAUUUUUUGCAGAACAGAAGUCUUUAGGCUGAACAUUCAUGUGAAACAGCAAAGAUUGCUAAAAAUAAUGGUUGUUGAAUCCAGCUGAGAUGUUAGGUGUGUGAUCUUCCUGUUUAAAACAACAAAAAACAUUAACUUCAAAAUUAUCUGUUGCAUGAAAUUUUAGGAGCAAGUUGGCUCUUGUACAGAUUUAGAUUGAACCACACCACAAAUAUAAGGUUUCAUAUAAGUUAUAAUGGGCUGAAGAUGAGGAGCACAGAGUAAUCAACUCAAAAAGCUACAGUGAACUGUUUUGCAGCCUGUAGUGAAUUAGAAACAGCUUCUUACCUUUAGCUUUGUUCACUUCAGGCCUUCUAGGUCCUCUGCUCUGCCCUGUCUGUGACCUGAGCUGGAGAAGAAGAGGCAAACAUGGCAGCCAAAGCAGGAGACAACCCCGACAGCCUCAUGUCUCUGGCUACAGUGUUCUGCCUGAGGAACCUCAGAAAGACGAUGUGCUACCAGAGCUUCAGGAACAAACUGUGCCUGCGCUCAGACAUCUUCCUCCCAAGCGAGAUCUGUGACAAGCUGGUCAACACGUAUGUAAAAAAAAAAAGAGACAUUUCAUUCAGUCAAAGUGUCCCCUGUUUAUUCUGGUGUUGCAUGCUUAACAAUGGAUUUUUUUGGAACAGGUAUAUGGAGCUGGUUCACACAGACAGUAACUUUGAACCAGAGGAGAGUUUCUUCCAGCUGUUUUCAGACCCUCGCAGCACCAGACUGACACGGGUUCAGCUGAGAGAGGACUUUGUGCAUGACAGAGAUCUGGAGGCUAUCAGAAAACAGGUGGGAAACACCUUCAAUUGAACAUUGCAAUUCAUUAGGGUGAUUAAAAACAGAAGAAGUAGGGAGCUAAAGGACUGAUCUUCCAGGAUAUCUGAAAUGAUAUUGGAAGGAAACUCUUUCCUCCAAAUGUUGAAAAAUAUUUGAUAUUUUAAAAAUUCAGGGGUAAUUUUGAAGUCAGUAAAUACUGCAUGCAAUCCUUUUUAAGUGUGGCAUUGGCAGAGAUAAAAAAUGCCUUAACUAGUGAAUUUUCUUCUUUCAAAGAGAAUAAAUUAAAGAUAUAUUAUUGCUGUUUCUAAGGGGGUGUAUGUCUGUUGAAAAUAGGGCUGUCAAUGUGAGACUGAGCUGGAUAUCUUAACAUGUUUAUAUCUUUUCAAUGAUGAUAGAAAUCCUUGAUGCAAACUCAGAGCAGAGAAAUUAAAACCAGAGCCAGCAGCAGACAGCGAUUAAAUGGGCUAUUAAAAGUGACACAUGUGGAGCCUUUUUUGAUAACUUUUUAAAGCAUCUUCUAAGACAUGGUUCAAAUUAGUCAUACCUGUCUGAAUGAUACAGAGGCAGGGGAAGCAAAAUUAAGCAUCAGUAUCACUACAUAAACCAAAUCCCCGAAGUAAACAAGCACUUUGAAAACCACUGAGAGUAGUCCAGUAGUCCACCUGGAUGAAUGAAAACCUGCACAGACACUGAGUUUAAUGUCAUCCUCUGUCAUUUGAAAGCUGUUAAAUUGUGAUGCUCAGCUGAUCAGGUCCAAGCUCUUUAACUCCCAGCUUCUCCUGCAAAGAUCCACGCUUAAAUGACUUAAAUUUCAGCCUUCUUUUUGAAUUCUCUUUCUGCAUUUUGUUAACAGCUCUAUGACACCAGUCUUAAACUUUCCCCUAGGCUCAACUGCUGUCUCCUGCACCACAUUACAGACUUGUACUACAGUACAGCAUGUGGAACAUUCAUUUCUCAAUUAUAGGGACAUAGACCUUUGGUGGAGUAGCUUGUACCUCUUGUAUUGAAGAGGAUUUAACGCUCAUGUGCAACUAUGCAUGAGUUGGAUGGUGCCACAGGAACAUUUCCAAUCUUUAUUUUUAAAACCUUAUUUUAUUUUUGUUUAGUCCUAUGUUUGUAUCCAUAAUGUUAAGUAAUAGACGCCUUCAUUUGCAUAGUGUUUUGCAAUAUUAGAAUCAUGGUCUCAAAUAAUUUUGGCUGAGUGGCAGGGCCAGAUCUUUGGGGUGUCCAGGGUGGCUCGGGCCCCACUUGUAAUCUGAUUGCCAACCCCAAGUGCCACCCUAAAAUUUAAAAUAACUACCAGGCUGCCAGAAAUUGUCUAAAUUUACACAUAUACAAACCUCUCAAUAUUCUCGCUGCAAAAUCUUAAAAGCAAAAAAAUAUUCAAGCAUAACCCUAUUUUUAACAGUUACUUAAUUUGCAUAAGUGUUUGAGUUUUUAGUCACUAACUUCUGUUUAACAGUCUAAUAUGGAAAGUGAGUUGACACUCAACACCUCACAUUCUGACAGUCUACUGCAGGAUUCUGUGGUAAUGUGAAUUCAUGUCAAGCCCCUUUUAGUGGAAGGGAGCAGCUGUUUGGUUUUCUGUUACCACUCAAACAAAUUAUGCGGAGUGAUGAUCAAGAAACCUUAGUUACUUGUACCUGAGGGCGUAGGCUUGCUCUCAGCCUGGGAAAGGGCACAUAAAACCUGGGCUGGUUGUCACUCUUUUUAACAUGUGCCAUGUAUCUUUCACCUCUAACUUUAUCUUCUAACCUUUAUUUUGAGGAUUUCUCUGUUGGAGUGAUCAGUUUUUCGUCUCCUCCUGACAUUUCUCUACUGUUUUCAAUUAUUUUUUCUCGUGUGGAAUAAAUGUCUGAAAAAUUACACGUAAAAAUAACACAACCUUUUGCUGAUAGUGUUGUCAUGAUCAAAAUCAUUCACGUAUUAAAAUUGAAAAUACACAUUGAAAUGCAACAUUUUUCUCAGAGCACAGCCCUUUCAUAUUGGUCAUUAUAGCAUAACUGGGAUAAAUUGUCUGUAUGAGUCAUUGUUUCAGCUGUGUAAUUCUUUCAAUUUCAAUUUUUUUCAGGACCUGAUUGAGCUCCACCUCACCUAUUGCAACAGCCUGUCAUCCCGCAGUUUAAAGACCCUGACCUGCUUCAGGGAGACGUUGGUGUCUCUUUGUCUCUUUGGCUGCAGCCACAUCUUCUACAGAAAAGGGGGUGCCCCGCUCGCCUGCAAUGAAGACACAGAGGACGAAGAGGACGAGAGUCCAGCUUCUCGACAAGCUUUGGAGACAGACUUUAACUUUCAGGGUUUCAACCGCCUCAGAUUGCUCAAUUUAGGCGGUCUGCCGGACGAGGUGGAUGCAGAGACCCUCCUAAAACCCUUGAAGUCCCUCACCUCUCUAGAUCUUUCUAAUGUUCAGCUACUGGGAACAUCUUUUCUCACACAGUGGAAGGACAGACUGGUGUCUCUUGUUCUCUACAAUGUUGACCUGUCAGAGGAGCUGGUUGGCACAGUGGUAGAGAUCACGAGUCUCAGGUGAGAUUAAAAGGAAAUGAGAAAUGGGACUGGAUUUUAGCAUGAUUUGUUCUGGUACUCCAAGUGGUACGGGCCAGUCAGUUGUCUGCAGAAAAAAACAGUCUGUAUGGGGAGCAAAAGCAGGCUGCCAUGCUUGGUAAUCUGAGUAGAGUUUGUUUCUCUGUAUAAACAGACAUCUGCAUGAAGGUCAGCCAACAAUCUGUUCUAGAUCAAACAUUUACACUGAGACACUAAUCUACCUGAUGCUGACUCACUAAAGUCAAUCAGCAUUUAGAGUUCCUGAGUUUCUUGAAUGCAUCAGAAAUUAUUGAUCUGACCUCCAUUCAACAAACAAACAUUUUCAAAGUUGUUUUCUUCUCCUCUUGAGGACAGACCUGACAAAGCUGGACUUUUUAAAACUUUUUGCUUAUCUGUAUUAUGAUGUUGCUGCAUCAGCAAACUUAAAGCGACCAUGAAGAACUUUCACUUAGUUUUUUCUCUUGACACCCCCUGUGGACAAGGUGGUGUCUUUGAUCUCUUAUAUGUGUUUUAUGAAACAUGUGCAAGCCCUGUUUUCUAACUAAAAAACCCUAUUUGCUUUUUUUUGGGCACUGGAACAGAUCAGUCAUUGAAAAGGCCUAUCAUAGGAAGUAUUUCAAAAAAAUACAUUUAAAGUGAAACAACAAUAUUUAUUCAGUAUUUAUUUUGCAGACAUACCUAGAGGGGAGAAUUUCACCCCACUUUCACCUCACUAGAUCUCAACACACAGUUGCUUAUCGAAUUGCUGACUGUGUUGUAAAAAUUGCAGAGCAAGAGAAGGAAGUCUUGUCUUAUUUAUCACUACCUGCUGGUUACACCUGAAUAAGCAAAGCAGUACCACCAGCUGACUCUGGGAGCAACACAGACAAAUUCCAAUGUCCUUUGUGGCCCUAUGCGUGUGCCGUAUUAAUAAAGAAGUCCAUUAUAUUCUGCUAAUCAGUAGAGUAUAACAAAAACAGAUGCAGUUAUCAAUGUUAUUGAUGUAAUUGCAAUGUUCCAGUAUCUAUGUUUUUCUUUUCUAUGCACACAAUCAGCUAAAUCAAGGUGUUUCUAGCACUGAUCAAAAGUUGUGUUUUCAGGCAUCUCGACAUCUCACGGGAAAGUAGGCGGAGCUCCAAGUUUAAGAUGACCAGAAAAGUCCUGACGUCUAUCGUCCAGCGGCUGGUUAACCUGGUGUCUCUGGACAUCUCAGGUCACAUCAUGCUGGACAACUGCACAGUCCCACACUUGGAGGAGGCUAUGGGCCGACCCAGGUGAGUCACCGACUCUGCAGCUUCCUUUAAAUGUACACAGUCAGGUUCUUUUUGAAAUUCCGUUUUGUUAAACUUUUAUCUCUCUGUUUCUCAGCAUUGAGCCAUGUAAGAGCAGCAUCUAUCCUUUCCAGGAGCUGAAGAGGCCGCUGCAAUUUCUGGGUUUAUAUGACACCACCCUCUGUAAUGUGACACACAUACCUGCCUAUAAGGUAUGGCUUGUAGAACAUCAAGAUUUCUGGACUGAUGAUACCUUUUCUGAGCAUCUUGAGUAAAGCAGCUAAUCCUUAAAUCUGAUAUGAACUACCUCCAUGUUACUAGUUAUUAUGAUAUUAGAGAAUUUUUUGCUGUAGUUAAACAAUAUCAGAAAGUAGUUCUUAACGUGGAGGAAAUUUUUACUUAACAUAAGACAGUUUUCCAUUUCAGCUGGAAUUUUGUCCCGCUAUACUUUACAGUUUAAAAACAAAGUGCAGAAAGUCAGUUUUUUUAUGAGCAAUUACAAGAGAAAGAAAAAGAAGUUCAUGAACAAGCUGACAAGCAAAAGAGCAAGGUGCGUAGGGUUAAACAGACUCCAUCUGUUGUCUAUGCCUGCGUAGAUCCGGGUAGUAGAGCAUUGUAGUAUUAAACAGCCCUUAACCAAAGUUACAGCCUGGACUUGUAGUGGUUAGCUCCUCUUCAGCUGCGACAGAACUUGUAAUGAGCACUUAGAGUCUACAAUAAAAAAAAUCACAGCAUAAAAAUGGCCCCAAAACUGAUUUUUGAUUUUUUUAAAUAGGAUUCUUAAGAACUGUGACCAAGAUGAAUGUAAUUUCUCUUCCAAGCGUAAUAAUAGCUCCUCGAACAGCUAUGGUUGUGUGUCAAAUAUGUGUUUUGGGCCUUUUUUAGGUGACAGGAUCCAAAAAUGAGGACCAGGUGCUGAAUGCAAUUGAGGCGUACACAGAGUUUCGUCCUGAGCUGGCUCACAGAGCCAUCAAUCAGCUGUUUGACAUUGCCAGGAUACAACACUGCAGCCAGCUGCUCCGAGCUUUGCAGGUAUGACAGAUUGAAAUGUUUUUUUGAACAGGAGUGGACCGUACACCUGGGAUUCUUCACAUUUCUUACUCUCUCCUCUGUAUGUUUGUGUCCUUUCAGCUGGUCAUAGCUGCUCUUAAGUGUCAUAAAUUUGAUAAGAGCAUCCAGGUGACAGGCAGUGCGGCUCUGUUCUACCUGACCAACACGGUAAGGUACCGCAGCGAUCAGAGUGUGAGGCUGCGCAGAGAGGUGAUCCAGGUGGUGCUGAACGGGAUGGAGCAGUACCAGGAGGUCACGGUAAGUCUGCAUCCCUGCCUGUGAUGAAGAAGUUUUAGUUUGAGGCUCCGUUAAAUAAAAGAAUAUGUUUUUUGGAGAUGGACCUGCACCAUGUUACUGUUGUAACUAAAUAAAUUGUCUUCCAGGGGCAGAGUUAAGUUGAAUUAUGACAUUGUGGCAUCAGAGCUUUCGGAGCUUUUAGACUCAUAUAAAACCUUUUUAUAUCUGUCUCUGCCUCCCUCUUCAGGUCCAGAGGAACUGCUGCCUAACUCUGUGUAACUUCAGUAUCCCAGAGGAGCUGGAGUUUCAGUACAGUCGGGUCAACCAGCUGCUGCUUAAGAUCCUGGAGCCGGCCAGACAAGACGAGUCCAUCCAGAGAAUUGCUGUGCACCUCUGCAACGCUCUGGUCUGUCAGGUGGACAACCAUCACAAGGAGGCUGUUGGCAAGAUGGGAUUUGUCAAGGUGACAUCGAUAAAAGAGUUUCUCCUUUUAUAUUUGUGUUUGAAUCAUGGGACAGCCUUACAGAUUGAGUUUGGGGAAAAUUCCCUUUUUUGUGGUAUCUCUUUGUGGGAUAUAACUCUUCUUUGGAGGAGUUAGUCAAAAAGUCAAUACCUCACAAUCACAUUCCUCUAAUUCACCAAAUGUUCUUUUUGUGCUCUUCAUCUUUCCUUUGCAGACGAUGUUGAAUUUGAUUCAGAAGAAGCUGCUGGACAGAAUGGUGAGUCACACAUUAAAUCCUCUUAAAACAUUUGAAAAUAAUUUUCUUGUGAUUAAUUAUUUUGUAGACAGAAACUUCUCUCUCUUCAAAGUUCUCUAAACCCUUUUUUCCUUUUUUGCUUUAUAAAUAAAAAUGGAUUGAUUGCGUGAUUGGUUGAUUGUAAUGAAGUUAAAGGUGUUGAAGCUACAAAUGUUACACUCACACAGUGUGAUUCUAACUUUGUUCAGGAUUGUGCUCUCUUCUCAAUCACAUGUGCAUGGCAAACAUACUCUGAUGAAAAGCCAGUCCUGUUUAAAGAUCCUGCAGGCAGCUCUUGUCUUUGCUGAGUCAGACACAGUGGUUUUGUAUGAGUUGCCGCCUCACGUUUCGUCUUCUAAAACAGAAACUGUACGGAUGCCUCAAUCCUCAGGAACCAAUAUUGCCACAUUUAUUCACCUGUUGCUUACUGGUUGCUGCGUUCAGUGCAGCAUUAGAGAAGAUGCAAGGUCUCUAACAUCUGAUUGAUUCAACAAAAACAUGUCUGAGCACAGCAGGAAAACAAAAACAUGUACAAUGAAGUCACCAACCACUCUUUGUUGUUGAUUCUUGUCAACGAUAUUAAUGAUGUGAUGUGGAUAUAUUGGACAUUUGUGCACCAUUAUAGUUGGAUGAUGAAGUUUCUUAUUAAUAUCACAACAAUAUCAUUAACAGAAUAUUCUAUGGCAACAAUAAGCAUCAGGUCACAAUCUGAUAUUAUGACAGCCCUAAUAAUCUUGAUAAUUUAGGGAAAGAAAGGAGAUGAGAACUAUUCCUGUAAGUUUGAGAACGUAAUUUUAAAGAAGAAGAGGAAAUUUAUUUUCUUCACUUCAAUAUGCCUCAGCACUCUUGUUUUAAAUGUUUUGGAUUAAAUUUGAUGCUUUUUCCCCCUUAGUGCGAUCAGGUGAUGGAAUUUUCAUGGAGCGCUCUGUGGAAUAUCACAGAUGAGACGCCAGACAACUGUCAGAUGUUCUUAAACUGUCGGGGCAUGAGCCUCUUCCUGGAGUGUUUACAGGUGAGUCAACAGGUGACGUAACUGUACCUGUCCUGUGUUUUAGCUCGUGCUUCAGUGAAGUAUCCCUGCAGUAUUCUUAUCUAAUGUCGUGUGAUCUCCAUCUAGGAGUUUCCAGAAAAGCAGGAACUCCAUCGGAACAUGCUGGGGCUUCUGGGAAAUGUUGCUGAAGUCAAAGCUCUAAGGCCACAGCUGCUCACUCCACAGUUCAUCACUGUAUUCAGGUAAGAAGACUGCCCUUAAAAUCAGCCCAUUCUGGUUCACCUUUGUCCUGCUUUUCAUGAACUAAGACAUUUACACUUCUAAUUUGUCUGCAAGACAAAGGCUGUCCUCGUUUUUGGCUCAUAGCAAUGUUAGAGCAUUGUACUGCAUACCAAAGACACAUACCAUUUGACUACCUGCUGCACCAAAACAAUGUUUCCUUGGCAACAGUCCUCCAAAUAUGGGCAUAGGCACUCAGAGGAAGACAAAAGCACCUGUGCAGCAUCAUAAGAGCACACACAUCAAACUUGUCUUGGUUAUAAUGUUGCUAACUUCCUGUGUGAGGAUUAAGGCAUGACCUCAGUCUUUCUACUAUCUGGUGUUUUCGGUUGUUUGUUUAAAUAAGUUUCCAUGAGUUACACUUAAUAAAACGGGCUACUGCUUUCAGUGUAAGCUUAAUGAAGAAUAAGACAUUGUUUUAAGUACACAAAGUUGUGUAUCCAGUAUGUUUUCCAGAGGUUCCUCUGACAGUGAAAAAGUUGUCAAACACAAUAGAGGGCAUGAAUGUCUCAUUUGUGUUUAGAUUUAAACAUUUUUUGUCUCCUCUCUCUUUCUCCUUCUUGUUUGAUGCUCUUAUAGUAACCUGCUGGACAGUAAGGCUGACGGGAUCGAGGUGUCGUACAACGCGUGUGGCGUUCUCUCACACAUCAUGUUUGACGGCCCUGAAGUCUGGUCGAUGGAGGAGCCGAAGAGGGAUGCAGUGAUGGACAAGAUGUGGGACGCCAUUCAGAGCUGGGACGUCAGCUCCCGACGCAACAUCAACUACAGGUUUUACUUCGACUAAUUCAUGUCGUAAAUACAUCAUGUCAUAAAAUUUAAGACUAAAAAGUGCAAAAAGAUGAUAACGGAGGCUGCUGUUGAUUGAGCAUCCUGUAAUCUCGCUAAUUAUGAGUCAUUAAAUAUCAGUUCUGUAGCUGCACAGCUGUCAGUGUUUUCCUCCUGGUUUAAAUUUUUAAACCAAGUCUGUUCUCUCAGGUCAUUCGAGCCGAUCCUGCGGCUGCUGCCUCAGGGUAUCUCCCCUGUCAGUCAGCACUGGGCCACAUGGGCGCUCUUCAACCUGGUGUCAGUUUACCGUGAGUAUCUGCUGCUCUUUGAGUGCUAAAACCACACUUAACAAUUAGAGUUUACAGAGGCAGCCGUAUUUUGAACUGUCAGUCAAUAAACAAUGAUGGAAUAAUAGACAGGUUCAGACAAAAACACACUGACAGUCAAAAAAAAAAAACACUGUUGAAACACAAAAGAUCCAGGUAAAGGAAAUGUAAUAUAAACAAUGUAAUUAAACCAAUGUAAUAAAAGUUAGUACGUUUUGGGCUCAGCAUCUUGUUUACAUUAUCGACCAGUUAUUACAUUUUGGGUUUGAUUUUCAAAGAUGGUACUGAAUUUCCCUUGCAUGUUGGAAAUGAUGUACAGUCGAACAAAUUUAAGACCUGUGCUUUAGGAUUUGAGGCUGAAGCUCAGUUGAUUAACAAGUCAUUGUUAAAGACAUUUCACUGUAAGAUAAUAGAUCGGUUCAUGCUUAACCUCUUUCUAUUCUUUUAAAGAAGCCUUCAGAUUCCCCCUGUAACUCCCUGUUAACCAGUGCAGGUGUGCUAAUCAUGAAGGUUUUCUGAGUUUGCUGUCACUUCAAAUCUUUGCAGCUGCCACCGAGGUUCGAUGUUAAAUUUUCGUUAACUGGAAGAGUUCGUCAUAUCCCUCUCUCUUGUCUGCAGCGAGCAAGUAUUGUCCCCUGCUGAUAAAAGAAGGAGGAAUCAGUCUUCUGGAGAAAGUUCUGGAGCUGGACAGCUCACACCCAGAGACCAAGGACAUGGCCAGGUAAGACUGCAGAGUGAGCUCAGUUAUUUUUGACCUCUUCAUUGUGUGGUCUUCUUGCAUGUUGGCGCUCUCUAGGGCUGCUGUUUUCUGAAAUAAUUUUCGCAGGUGAUGGAUCAUUCCAGUCUAAUCCAAGUUUAUUUAUAGAGCAUGUUAAAAACCAAAGUUCUGUGCAGUAAAAAUUUUUCAAAAGUGGAAGGAUGAGGCAUAGCAGGAGGAGCUUAAAUUAGUGGUUUGACUUGGCAAAGAUGAUGUAACUGUUCAGGCCUGGUGAAAAUCCACUCACUCUGUAGCUUUCUGAUGAUAAACUUUCAGGAGUUUUUCUAUCGUACUGAGAGGAUCAGAGUGUUUUCAGAGACUGUCCUGAUCUAACCCCUCAGGAACAACUGUAAUCUGUGAUGAUUUAUGUAUCAAUUCUAGAAAAUUAGUGUCAAAGGGGUUGAUGAAAUUUUGUAGGAUAUUCAUAGAAAUGACAUUAGCAAUACAACCCUUCUUCCGUAUCACAAUUCAGAACUUGAAAUAUUGCAAACUCCAUCUCAAAAUGUUGUCAUGUAAUGUUGAAUCACAUUCCUCUGUAACUCUGCAACAAGUCUCCGAAUGAUUCCCGUACAGCCUCAUUCUUUAUAUGCAGUCAGAUGAUUCUGGCCUCCUGCUAACCGAGGAUAUUUCCUUUUUCAGCAAAGUGAUCGAGCAGUGUGAAAACUUCAAAGAGGACCCGAUGGAGACGAAUCACGGCCAGGAGGUAAACUAUGGACAAAGAGGCUGACGCAGCAGGUGCCGAGAUCCUCAGCAAACAUCGAGCAAACCAAGCUAAGGCCUCUCCCACUGUCAUCACCACAAGAAGGGUCACUCGUGUGCAUUAAUCUCCUCCCAGUCAUUCUCCUUCUUUAGAGCAGAAACGUGUCUCUGAUCCUCCUCACCUUUCAUAUACGACACUUAGGACUUAAGACGUGGUGCAUGGUGUUUUAAUAUGAGGGCGCUGCACGUUCAGCAUCUCGUCUGCUGGGAUGGGUUUGUGGGGGUGGGUGACUGUUAUCUCUCAGUGUGCGUGUGCCUGUGUGUGAGUGUGUGUGUGUGACAGAGAUUUAACGACAGAACAAAAACAGUCGGAGUGACGCUGAGCUCCAUUAGCUGUGUAAUGUUGAACAAAAGGCCGCAUGGCAUCCUACGCCACUGUCAGAGGCUUUCACGCCGCUCGUGGACACAUGUACAGUGAAUAUUAGCCAUUAUGUGUGAAGGCUGCAGAGACGCUGAUGUUAGUCAAGAGAGAAGUCUUCCCAGACCUGGAGGCACAAUGAUGGACUUGUUUGUUAAAUAUGUAAAUAUUCUCUUGUUUGUUUCAUCCUUUUACUGUGUGUAUGUUUUAUAAUAUGACUGUCCACACUCAUGACUUUACUCUGUAUUUAAAUCUCUUUAGGUCUGACCAGCUGAUGGUCAGUGCUAGGAAUCUAAACGCAGAAGAAUAUCUGUUCAUUGAAACGAGGUCUGGCAAUCCUGGAUGCUCUGCUCCUUUAUGAAGGAUCAUUUCACUUUAGUUCAACCUCACCAUGCUUUUUAAUUAUCUGGCACUUUCUUCAAAGAGUUAGAAACUCACUGUGUCCAAACUAUAGAGUGUGUAAAAGAAGGAUAGAGUAGCAGCUCCAGUGAAGGGGAAACGUGGCUGCACCACCGGUCUUGAAACUAUACUCAAUACACAUUGAUUCAUUUUUCCUCUGACGUGGUUUUUGUCCUUUUCUUCAGUUAUUUUCAUGUUUGAGUCAGCAGAUGGGCGGGACUUCAGUACCACAGCUUCACCAGACGUUCUCUAGUAUAGUGCAAGUUAACACUAAAAAUGCGAGUCGCUCAAAGUUCCGUUUACACUGAUUAAAGUCAACUAGUUUGUGGUCGUGGUUCACAACUCUCUGUGUCUCCCAGAACCUCUCGGAUCUUUUCUGGGAGAUGAGCAGUCAUUCACCUUUAUUUUGAGAAGAAAUAGUGGCAAAAGGGAUUGCAGGCUGCUAACAAACCUGAGAUAUUUGCAUGAAGAUAACUUUCUCUGUGUAAUGAUAAUAACAUUCAGACUGCUUGGUGCCCCAGCGCAUUUCUUUUCUCAGAGUGGCUCUCCUGCAAAAACAUUUACACCUGUCCGGAGGUGUAAUCAGACAGAGGCAAAGCAAUCAGUUUUGAUCAUGCAGAUUCAUUGAAAGUUCAUGCAAAGAUUAAACCCGAUGCAAAGUUUCAGCUGUGCAACUUGAAACACCAGAAUGUCAAAGACAAAAUUGGGCUUUAAUUGAGCAUAGCAUUGCAGAGAGUUCUAAAAAUCCUGAGUUCAAGUAGAAAAAGACCUGAAGAAACUGCUCUCUUUUAUCCUAAGCAUGCUCAUGAGUCUCAAAAAAUUGUUAGUUAUUUAUCAACAGGUAAAUGUACAGUAAAAUAAAUUUUAUUUUAGAGGUUUUAUGUUCACUUUCCUGCACUGCUGGCACAAAAAAGUAUGAGGGAAAGGCAAAAGUCAGGCAAAAUUCGAGCUAAAGUCCCUGUUUUUCACUGGUGUUUCAGGGUUAAACCUUAACUGUGGUGAAUGAAGUUUUUCAUGAACCAAAAAUGUGAAGGGUUCCCAAAAAUAUUGAAAGAAUAAGAACUAAACCUUUAAAGUCUUCGAACUCUUAAAAGGUGUUCUCUUACCAAGCACUUACACUUACAGGUCAACUCUGUUUCAUGAUUUCCAACUUGGCUUUUAACGUAAUUAUCAAAAUACAAAAUCAAACAAAGAAUGAACAGCUCUGUAAGUGGUUCAUUAUUUGUGACUUUGGUGGUGACUUUUCUUCAGCCUACAUGGUUUCAAUUGAAGGAGAGGGCCAUCACUUAAACCUCGCCUGCAUUCAGGAUGCUGUUUAAGUCUAGAAAAUUCAUCUGAAUAGGGAAAUAAGCACCAGUGACUACAUCAUCUGCAGGUUUUAUCCUCUGUCUGUUAAUGUGCAGUUAUUUUUUAAUGAAAUUUUAAGUAAAAACAGUUUUUAGGUUAACUUUACAAUCAUUGCCUCAUUUCCGUUUUAAUUUAACUUCAUGGAAUGACUUUAAAGGGGUUGAAUCGACACUCUGAGCUGAGAUUAAACACUCACUAAUGCAGCUCCGAUGAUUUGGAUGGUGGGUUGAUGCACAAAGCUUUCAUUUCCUUAACUCUCCUCCUAAACCAGGGUCUGCCAGAGCCUUCAGUCUCACGCACAUACAGGAACAUGCACCACCAAACCUUUCACAAGCUCUCUCCCGCACCUGUAAAAUAUUGCACAGUGGUUUGUAAUAAUGUAGCGCACUAGCACCACAGUGUGUCUGUACAGUCUGCCGUUCAGAGUCUAUCACAGCUUACAGGGGGAUUCCUGUAUUUUUAGACUUCAGUCCUAUUUUUAUACAUUUUAGAGUCUAAAUAACUGAAAGGUGCGUAAAGUUCUGGAUUUGUUCCUCCAGAUGCAUUUAACCUGCAGCUGUGAAACAGGUUCAAAUGGAGUAUAGUCGUUUGAGAAUAAUGCGCCCAGUCAAAGAAUGCUGCCUUAAAGCUGUUGGAAAAGAGAGGAGAAAAAUCUUUUUUGAAAAAGGUCUACUCUUGUAGGGACUCUUUCUGUAACAUCUCCUCCCUUUUUGUGCACCAAAGUUUCCUGAAGUUUCUCUGUGGGUGAGCUGCGCAUGUGACACACUCAUUUUUCACCCGGAUAUGCUGCAUGUUUUAGUUCACUAAUAUCAAACUUAAAUUUCAGAUGUGUUUUAGCGCAUGAGUAUCUCCCAACACAGAAUUACUUCAUAUCAAAUCACUGCUCUCUCCAUUUGUAUUGUCAGGGGUGUAGAAAUGUGUUUUGUGUCUGUUUUACACAAUCCAUCAUGACGAUUGACAUAUUCCCAAUUAGAGUAAAGUAUUUCAAAUGUUCAUUGUUCAUGUAAAUGGUGUUAAAUGUCAAACAUUAGAUGCUUUAUGUUGAUUCUACAUAGAAAUUUAAAUGUCUGGACAAAAACUUUUUCAAGAAUUUCUUUUCAAGCAUUACCGUUUAUUUCACUGCUGCUUUCCAGAACUUUUGACUGCACCUUUUAGUCAUUUACACCACAAAAUCUUUUAAAAAUAGGACCACAGUGUCAAAACACGAGAAUCCCUCUCACAGGAUUUACUCAUGUGGUGCCUAACAGAUGUUUUAAAGCUAUCUCAUAUCAUUUGUUUUGGGUUUACCCACUGAUUUGAUAUCCUGGUUCUCAUGUACAGUUUUUCUUUGUGUGAUUUCUGGGAAUCUGAUCGGUACAGAUCUGUUUCUACUUCCCAGUCCUGGUGGAAAUAAAUGUGUAAUAGGCAGUGUUGGUGUGAGAUGAAAAAGCUUUAUUAGAGGCUCACUUGAUGUUCAAAUGUGUGGGUGUGAAGAGAAGUUUAAACUUCACAUGUAAUCUAAAGAAAACCUCCUUUAGUCCUGGAGACUCACUCAGUGUUUAAGGACUCUGCUAUAGAGGAUUAGCAGUUCUCUGUCGCCUGUUCUCUUUGAUUUGAACUCAUGCAGUGUCUCGGUUUGUGUUUUCCUGGACGCUCCUGGACGUCAGGCUUUGGUUUUAAUUUAUAAAGGUGUUUGUGCUUCAGGAGAUCUGUUGUCUCUCUUCACUGAUUUCAUCUGUCACUAUUCUUUGAAAACUGCUGAUAAGUAAUCCAAAACAGAGUGAGGAAUAUUUGAUCCAAACUUUAUGAAAUUCCAGGUUUUCCUGAGCUAAAUAGUACCAGGUGGUUAGUGUAAAGAUAUGAAUAAGCAAUAAAGAUGGAGUGGUUAAAAAAUAAAUAAAU